AUUCCGGUCAGGGCGGAGGAAUGUGCGUACACCCAGGCAGGGACCGUUUCCUUUGCCGUUUCCCCGGAUGAGAGCUCACCCAGGCCGGUGCAUCCACAGCCCGGGACACGCUGGAAGAGCCGGACUCACCGCCGGAGGAUGAGCAGCUCCGCGGCCUAGAAGUGAAGCUCCUGCCGGCAACAUGUGAGAUGAGCCGCGGCGGAGCAGCGACUGAGGCCGGCAUCAUGUUGGUCCGGAGCCCGACGGGUCGGGUCAGAGCCACGGUCACCCACGCCGUGGUCGUCAUUUUCCUGGAGUUCUUCGCCUGGGGGCUGUUGACCACGCCCAUGCUGACUGUUCUACAUGAGACGUUCCAUCAACACACGUUCCUGAUGAACGGCCUGGUCCAGGGGGUCAAGGGCUUCCUGUCCUUCCUGUCGGCUCCUCUGAUUGGUGCUCUGUCUGACAUCUGGGGGAGGCGGUCCUUCCUUCUGAUGACCGUGUUCUUCACCUGCGCCCCCAUCCCCUUCAUGAGGAUCAGCCCCUGGUGGUAUUUCGCUCUGAUCUCCGUCUCAGGCGUCUUCGCCGUCACCUUCUCAGUGGUCUUUGCGUACGUGGCUGACAUCACAGAUGAACAUGAGCGGAGCACCGCCUACGGUUUGGUGUCGGCCACCUUCGCGGCCAGCCUGGUGACCAGUCCGGCCAUCGGCGCGUACCUGUCGCAGAAGUACGGCGACAGCCUGGUGGUCCUGGUGGCCACGGUCAUCGCGGUGGCGGACAUCGCCUUCGUGUUCUUGGCGGUUCCGGAGUCUCUGCCCGAUAAGACGUGUCUAUCGUCCUGGGGUUUGCCCAUCUCCUGGGAACAGGCCGACCCCUUCGCGUCUCUGCGCCGCGUCGGUAAAGACACCACAGUUCUGCUGAUCUGUGUCACAGUGUUCCUGUCCUACCUGCCUGAAGCCGGACAGUACUCCAGCUUCUUCCUGUACCUGAAACAGGUGAUCCAGUUCUCUCCGGCCGCCAUCGCCGCCUUCAUCGCCAUGGUGGGAAUCCUGUCCAUCCUGGCUCAGACUCUGUUCCUCAGCGUCCUCAUGAGAACCAUCGGGAACAAGAACACGGUUCUGCUGGGUCUGGUGUUCCAGCUCUUCCAGUUGGCCUGGUACGGCUUUGGUUCAGAACCCUGGAUGAUGUGGGCAGCAGGAACGGUGGCGGCCAUGUCAUCCAUCACUUUCCCAGCAGUCUCUGCUCUGGUGUCUCACAGCGCAUCACCUGACCAGCAAGGUGUGGUCCAGGGGAUGAUCACCGGUAUCCGAGGUCUCUGUAACGGUUUGGGUCCGGCUCUGUACGGGUUCAUCUUCUUCCUGUUCAACGUGGAACUCAACGACAUGGAACCUGUGGUCGAUCCACCCAAGCAGAGCACUGAGAAGUCGCUGAUCCCGGGCCCGCCCUUCCUGUUUGGAGCCUUCGCCGUCUUAUUCGCUCUCAUCGUCGCCGUCUUCAUCCCUGAACAUCACCGAUUGGUCGACGUCAAGACCUGCUCCGCACGCAAAACCGGUUCCUCCUGUACCGCACGCGCUCAGAACAGCAGCUCUCCGGCCACGCCUACCAGCGAUACGGAGGACAUUGAGCCGCUCCUACAGGACAGCAGCCUGUGACAGACAGCUGCAAAGCCCCGCCCCUUUUAGGUUAACCCCUGAUUAUUUUAGUUUGAGGUGACGACAGCCGGCGAUUGCACUGACGAGCUGCAGAACGGGUUCCACCAGGUUCCACACGUUCCAAAGGGUUCCACACAUUCCAAAGGGUUCCACACGUUCCAGAGGGUUCCACACGUUCCAAAGGGUUCCACACAUUCCAGAGGGUUCCACACGUUCCAAAGAGUUCCAGAUGUUCCAAAGGGUUCCACUGGGUUCCGAUGGGUUCCACUGGGUUCCAGACAUUUCAAAGGGUUUCAGAUGUUCCAAAGGGUUUCAGACAUUUCAACGUGUUCCAGAUGUUCCAAAGGGUUCCACACGUUCCAGAGGGUUCCAGACAUUCCACCGGGUUCCACCAGGUUCCACAUGUUCCACCGGGUUCCACUGGGUUUCAGACGUUCCAGAGGGUUUCAGACGUUCCACUGGGCUUCAGAUGUUCCAAAGGGUUUCAGACGUUCCACCGUGUUUUAGACUUUCCACCGGGUUCCAGACAUUCCACCAGAUUCCAGACGUCCCAAAGGGUUUCAGACAUUCCACCGUAUUUUAGACUUUCCACCGGGUUUCAGAUGUUCCAAAGGGUUUCAGACAUUCCAAAGGGGUUCAGGCGUUCCCCCGGGUUCCAGACAUUCCAAAGGGUUUCAGACGUUCCACCGUGUUUUUGACUUUCCACCAGGUUUCAGAUGUUCCAAAGGAUUUCAGACAUUUCAAAGGGUUUCAGAUGUUCCACCAGGUUCCAGACGUUACAAAGGGUUCCAGAUGUUCCACCGGGUUUCAGACGUUCCACCGGGUUCCAGAUGUUCCACAGGAUUCAAGACGUUCCAAAGGGUUUCAGACGUUCCGAUGUUUAUCUGACACAACUGUUGUUAGGUAUUAACA